AUGGCUCCUUCUGCGACUUCGGACAUUGCCGCCCACUCCGCUCCGGCAAACAAGAAAUCCUUUCCGGAGCCGUUGAAACUCAGCGGAGCUUUGGAUCAAUUCACGUUUGAGGACACAACGCCCGUUAUUGGUCGCGAGUUUGUGAAUGUCAACAUUGUCGACGACCUUCUGAAGGCUCCUAAUUCGGACGAGUUGCUUCGAGACGUAGCAAUCACCAUCUCUCAACGCGGCGUGAUCUUCUUCCGUGCUCAAGAUAACCUUACAGAUGACCUUCAGAAAGACUUCGUGCACAAGUUAGGCCAGCUUACCGGCAAGCCGUCGACAUCAACCCUGCACAUUCACCCAGUACUCAACAGCACGUCUGAAUUUGGAGUGGGCGAUAAUGCAAUCAGCCAUAUCUCCAGCCUUGCAAGGAAGAAGCUGUUCCGGCACAAAGAACAGCCCAACAAACGGCGUUAUGACGCCGCUCAGUGGCAUUCAGAUAUCCAGUUCGAACCGUACCCUGCGGAUUACACAUCGCUGCGUCUCACCCAGCUCCCCAAGACGGGAGGCGACACCCUCUGGGCGUCCGGCUAUGAGAUCUAUGAUCGCUUCUCCAAGAAAUACCAGGAAUUCUUCGAGGGGCUUACAGCCACUUUCAGUGGCGAUGGAUUCCUUCGUGCUGCUGCGGCAGACCCGGAGAACGUCAAGGUCUAUACUGAACCAAGAGGAUCGCCACACAAUAUUGGCGGCGAGUUAAGCGCUGUUCACCCAGUAGUGAGGACAAAUCCAGUUACUGGGUGGAAGAGCAUCUUUGCAUUAGGUCCCUUUCCCAAGAGGAUCAAUGAGCUUACCCAAGAAGAGUCGGACGAGCUGCUGCGUAAGUUCGAAAGAGUCCUUCUUGAUAAUCACGACCUUCAGGUUAGAUUCAAGUGGCGCAACCCCAACGAUAUUGCGAUUUGGGACAACCGCAGUGCCUUCCACUCGGCUACAAACGACUACGAGGGUCUUGGAGAAAGAUUUGGACACAGGGCUGUCGGUAUCGGCGAGGCACCCUACCUCGACCCUAGUAGUCGUUCGAGAACAGAGGAAUUGGAGGCUCUUGAAGCUGAACAAGCUUAA